AUGGAGCCUUCUUCCAUGCCUCUUUGGUUCAGCACAUUUGAGGAGGAUAUCGAUACAUACAUUUUUAUUUCUUCCAGGGAUAAUAAAUUGUACUUAGGUAUACUAAGAACAUACGACCAGCAUGGAAAUAUUUUUUUAACUCAUUGUGUAGAGAAAAUAAUAAUCCCAGAUAAAAACUACUUUUCUGAUGUGUACAUAGGAAACCUCAUAAUAAGGGGAGAUAACAUUGCCUACUUCGGUUCAGUUGAUGAAGAUAAGUACUCAAAAAUGUUUGAUUAUUCACAAAUACACAAAAAAGAAAAUGAAGAGGAUGAGAAAGCAGAAGUCUACUCAUCAAGUGACAUGGUGGUGACAGCUCCAUUAUCUGAGAAUGUCAUUUUGCGAUACAAACCCAUAAACCAAAUUUUGAAUUAUCUACCGGAGAAUAAUCAAGAGUCAACCAUUUUUGAGAAUUAA